UCGUCCAGAUGGCAUCGCUGGCGAGGUCGACUGCGGGCAGGGCGCUCCAUCUCCGCAUCACUCCACGCCCAUCCAACCUGGGCGAGUCGCGCGAGAUCCUGCGCCUGAUCUCGCAGUUUGGAGAGGUCGAGUAUUUCCGGAACCUGAAAUACGAUGCCUUGCCCAUGCCCAAUGCGACUCUCGUCAUCUUCAAGAGCGAAGACGCCGCUUCUCACUGUAUCAAAAAGUGCCCCAUUCGCUUCCGCAUGGGAAGAGCGCCCGUGAAAGAGCAAGUGGAAGACUUUGAGCCCGAGUCUCCCGCUCGCCCACAGCCAGCACAGUCGGCCACUGAUGCCACAGCACGCAAAGUCCUGCCACCGCGAUCAGGCGGAGCAUGGGGCCUCGGACAGACGAGAGCCAUGUCGACGCGCACCAGCUACACGCCUAUGGCCACUCUUCCCAACCCACCAGCGCGCCCCGUGCAGAUUCCCUUCCAACCACCACCGCUGCCUCUGCUCGAAUUUCGCAUCUUCGAAAUCCAGGCGAACCCGGCACGCGCCCAUUUCCGCGAUCAGAUCGACAUGGGACACUAUCACGGUUACUUCAAGCUCGACAGCAAGAGUGUGCCACAGACCGACUUAGCACGGACGGUGCCAUUGCCGGGUCUGAGUUGCAUCAAUUGGAAAAAGGAGGAUAAGCCGUGGAGGGUCAUGGAACGCCAAAGAUCGCAGGAACGUACUGGACCAUCGCGGCGCAAAAGUUUGAAGGAGUUGUACGAUGAGUCGGCAGAGGGUAAAGCCGCGUUUAGAGACGAAGCACUGCCCGGAUGAAGUUUGAAGGCAGCAAUCAUGAUCGGCCCAGUCGCACCUUUGUCCAGAACUUAUCCAGUAUGCCAGCAUACCUCGCGCAGGAUGCAGCACGCUCCAUUAGUACUGGCUUGAAGGAGUGUUAGGCCAGGAAGGUAUCUUUGGCCUGACCUCACUUGCAUGGCCAGCCAAAUGAGGCCGCAGAGAAGUCU